AUGAGAUCCCGAAAGGAAUCAGAAGACUGCGUGAAAAAAGGUGACAACUCCCUGCAACAAACUUAUGAUGUUGAGAGCGAUGGGCAGAAGCAUGUUCCUAGAGCCAAUGAGGGCCUAAAGAGAGGGAUGGAAAGUCGGCACAUCCAGAUGAUAUCCAUAGGCGGAGUGAUUGGCACCGGUCUUUUUCUUGGAACCGCAAGCGCCCUUCACAAUGCUGGACCUGCUGGAAUGGUUCUAGGCUAUAUUGUCAUGGGAACAAUCUCAUGGGUUGUUAUGGGCUGUCUGGGAGAAAUGGUUGCCCACCUACCCAUCGCAGGAGGGCACGUCACCCUGGCCGAAAGAUUUGUCAGCCCAUCUCUCUCAUUUACCAUGGGAUACAACUACUGGUACAGUUGGUCUAUCAUUCUUCCAACGGAAAUGUCUGCAUCGGCAGUUCUCAUCAACUACUGGAUCACCUCGGUCAACAACAGUGUAUGGAUUUUUAUCGCUUUGGCGGUAGUAAUAUCCAUCAAUUCUUGUGGUUCAAAGUUCUACGGCGAGUUCGAAUUUUGGCUGUCAUCCAUAAAAUUGGUAACAAUUACGGGUCUUAUCGUCCUAGGAAUUGUAUUAGACCUAGGUGGAGGACCAAACCGAGAUUUCAUCGGUGCUCGCUACUGGAAAAAUCCUGGGCCUUGGGUGCAACACUUGGGGGGAAAGGGGGCGUUGGGACGCUUUAUGGGAUUUUUGGCCGCUACUAACCAAGCCUCUUUCUCCACUAUUGGGAGUGAGAUUGCAGCCUUCGCGGCAGCCGAGGCCAAAAAUCCGAAGAAGGCGCUUCCAACAGCCAUCCGUGCGAUUAUCUGGCGUUUGGCUGUGUUUUACUUCCUGGGAACGAUGGUCAUUGGCCUUUUGGUCCCGAGUAACGAGCCAAGAUUAAGACUUCAAUCACACACCGCUGCAUCUUCUCCUUUUGUUAUUGCCAUUGAGAAAUCAGGUAUCAAGUACUUGCCAUCAAUCAUCAACAUGGUUUUGAUCUCAUCCGCUUGGUCUGCGGCAUCAAGUAAUAUGUACAUUUCUUCGCGGGCUCUCUACUCAUUGGCUAUAGAAGGGAACGCCCCAAAAGUUUUUCGAAAAACAAAUUCAUGGGGUGUCCCUUGGCCUUGUUUAAUUGUGGCUUCCUUCUGGGGCUGUCUAGCCUUUGUGUCAGUAAGCCAUAGUGGAGCAGGAACUGUCUUUGGAUGGCUCGCAAACAUGUACUCAACUUUAGGUUUUCUGACUUGGAUCGGCGUCUUGGUAACAUAUGUCAGAUGGGAAGCCGGUGUCAAAGCUCAAAAGAUAGACCGUUCCAUUUUCCCCUACAGGUUUCCACUUCGAACUCCCGGCGCAAUAUGUGCCAUCGUUGUCUGUUCGUUCUUAGUGAUCGUCAAUUCUUAUCAAGUCUUUUUGCCAAACAACUGGGACCCCGUGAUUUUUUUUACCGGUUAUUUUCCAAUAGUGAUAUUUUCAUCACUCUAUGGGGGAAGCUACAUUUGGUACAAGAAGACAGGCCGUAAAGCAGAUUUUAAAACAGUUUCUGAGAUGGAUUUCAUGACGGGAUCUUACGAUGAAGAAAGAGAUCGCGACUACAACGUGGUAAAAAAAACAAGCGGAACCUUAAGGCAAAAAAUCCUUGGUUUCUUCUGA